AUGGCGAGAGCGAACAAGCAGCCGACAUGCACGGCAACGCAAAGUGAUCCGUUUGCUGGUGCAUGGUGCAAGUCGGUGUCGCAGAGAAAACAAGCCACCUAUUUGUUAUCCGCUGCAUACCUACCUAUCGUCGACGCCGGCAAGUCAUCGCGCAUUGCCAGAGCCAGCCGGACAAUCGUUCAACAAGGCGAGUGGACCUCAUCAGUCCCUACAAGCGAGAAAGCGAUGAAGCGGGCUCUACAGUGGCUCGGGGGUGCCAGCACCGCAGGCACCGCAGAGGAGCUACCAGAGGAGCAUCAGCACCAGCCGGCCAAGCAAGCCAAAAAGGCCGCGGAAAGCGAUGCAGCUAUAUCUAGAUUAGCUGGAUGCAGCAGCGACAGACACGGACUACCGGACGGGGAUUCGGAAUCUGGGGAUUCGGAAUCGCAUGGCUGCAGCGACAGCAGCUGCUAUUACGGAGCAAGCUGCGGGAGUACGAGGAAGGCGACUGUUGGCAGAGGCAGAGGCAGAGGCAGAGGCAGAGGUAGAGGCAGAGGUACAGGGAGAGGCAGAGGUACAGGCAGAGGCAGAGGUAAUACAGGCAGAGGCAGAGGCGGCACAUCUCCCCAGGAGGUACCUGUAAGAGUAAGUGGCCUCGAUACGGCCCCUGGAACAGCCCCUGGAACGCCCGCUCCUGGACUCCUCAGCACCUUGUUCCGCGCUGAAGCGGAUACCCAGGCCUUGUUGCAGCAGCCGACAGGCCCUGGACGUGGACGUGGUGGCCGUGGUGGACGUGGUGGACGUGGUGGACGUGGUGGCCGCGGUGGCCGUGGUGCUGCUGCCGGUGCCUCUGCUGCUGACAACUCGUCAACUUCCACCAACUCGCCCAUCUCUCUCCUCUCCACAUCCUCGACUCCCUCACCAUCCUCCCAACCCGCCACCCCCCCCGACUCGCCUUCCCAUUUACAACCUUUUCCCAACUCGUUCGACCUGCCUAUCCGAUCCCAUUAUUUCUCACCCUCGCCUGAGCACGACUCUAAUUUACCCGCCCCUCUCUUCGACUCCUACCCCCGUGACGACGAUAUUCCCUUGGCCGCUUUCAAGCGCCCCGACACAGAUAUGACGACCGGUCCCAUGGGCCGCUCACGGCAGGACUCCUUUGUGAGCACCGGCCCCAAGCCCAUCUCAGUCAACAACCAGAACCGCGACAGCGUCAACCGCAAUCGCAGAGAGUCGCUCGCCGGCAGCCUCAUGGGCGGCGCGAGCUGGGGUGGAAUGUCCUUCGGCAGCUUCGUCCGCGAUGACCUCAUGAUGACAGGCACCUCCCCCGCAGUUGGUAAUGCCGGUGCUCAGCCUUCCUCAUCCUUCCACUCCUCGUCUUAUCUGCCCAAGCUCGAAGCCAACUUCAUGCGCGACUUCACAUGCUGCGGCAAGACCCUUCCUAACCUACACGAUUUGCUCCAUCACUACGAAGAAGCGCAUACCCAGCCCAGCCCCAAUACGGCUCGCAACAAUGCUUUCGGCCAGUUUGGCGCCCAGAUGGGCAUGCAAGGCAGUUCGCAAAUGUCAAGCUCUAGGACUACCCCGACGCCCGUCCCAGGCAACAUGCAAGGCCUUGGCCAGCAGCCUGGCCAGCAACAGGGCGGUCUUGACGUUGUCCAGAUGAAUGCCCUCAACGCCAACAUGCACGAUGACAUGGAUGCCGUCGCAGACAUGGAAAUGGACGAUGCAGUAGGCCCCAUGGAGCUUGAUGACAGCUCGCGAAUGACGCAUACUCGACAGAUGUUCGGCCAGCAACAGCGACCUCAGCUCGACAUGUCGCAUGCCGGCUUCCCUCAGGCCCUGCGCACCUCCCAACCGACUACGCCGGCCGUAGCUAGCUUUGGCUUGCAGAAUAAUCCAACCGUCUCCUCCGUCAAUACUCCCACCCUCACUACCCAGCAGCAACAUCAACUCUCCCAAGGGGGUACGCAUAUGGAUGACAUGGACGAAAUGGAGGGUGAUUUGCCCGGCAUGCCCAUGGGCGGCAACAUGAAUUCGCUUGGCGAUAUGGACUUUUCCAACGGUAACCCUGACGACGAAGACUCGAAUUUCUGCAUCAAUGAUCCUGGCAAGCAUCUGUUCAGCCCCAACGGCGCUUUCCCACCCGGCGGUAACCGCACCAUCCAGGCCCAACUCGCCCAGCUUGGUCUUACCCAGGGCCAGUUUGCCGACCCAGAGACGAACAAAAUAUUGCUCCAGCGCUUGCAGACCAUGAUGAUGCCCGAGGAACACAAGCCGUUCAAGUGUCCAGUGGUAGGCUGCGAAAAGGCCUAUAAGAACCAAAACGGUCUCAAAUAUCACAAAGCCCACGGCCAUCAGACUCAACAGCUACACGAGAACGGAGACGGUACAUUUUCCAUCGUGAAUCCCGAAACUAGUGCGCCAUAUCCCGGAACUCUUGGUAUGGAGAAAGAGAAGCCUUUCAACUGCGACACUUGCGGCAAGCGGUACAAGAACCUCAACGGUCUCAAAUACCACAAGGCGCAUUCGCUGCCCUGCAACCCCGAAUUCAAAAUGCAGGCCAUGGCUGCUGGGCUGAACUUGCCUGGAAUUACUGAAGAUGUCCCCCCUUCGUGA